AUUUAUUUAUCUCUCAUCAGACGAAAAUCACAAGAAGACAAAAAAGAAAAAACAGAAAUCAAGAACUCUGUUUCCGACACAUAAUCGUGAACAAAAAAUGUCGUCAGGAUCCGACAAAGAGAGGGAGACAUUCGUCUACUUGGCUAAGCUCUCCGAACAAGCCGAGCGCUACGACGAGAUGGUUGAGACGAUGAAGAAAGUGGCGAAGGUGGACAGCGAGCUUACGGUGGAAGAGAGGAAUCUGUUGUCCGUUGGUUACAAGAACGUGAUCGGAGCGAGACGGGCCUCGUGGAGGAUCAUGUCGUCGAUCGAACAGAAGGAAGAGUCUAAAGGCAACGAAUCAAACGUGAAAACAAUCAAGGGGUAUCGCCAAAAGGUAGAGGACGAGCUCGCAGACAUCUGUCAAGACAUUCUCAGCAUCAUUGAUCAGCAUCUCAUCCCUCACGCUACCUCUGGAGAAGCCACUGUUUUCUAUUACAAGAUGAAAGGGGAUUAUUACCGUUACUUGGCUGAGUUUAAGACCGAGCAAGAUAGGAAGGAAGCCUCUGAACAGUCUCUCAAAGGCUAUGAGGCUGCAACACAAGCUGCAAGCACUGAGCUUCCUUCAACACACCCGAUUCGUCUUGGCCUUGCUCUUAACUUCUCUGUUUUCUACUAUGAGAUCAUGAACUCUCCUGAAAGAGCUUGCCAUUUGGCGAAGCAAGCCUUCGAUGAGGCGAUUGCGGAGUUGGAUACUCUUAGUGAGGAGUCGUACAAGGACAGCACUUUGAUCAUGCAGCUCCUUAGAGACAACCUCACCCUCUGGACUUCUGAUCUUCCUGAAGAUGGAGGAGAAGAGAGCAUUAAGACCGAUGAACCCAAGAAAGAAGAGGCUAAGUCUGCGGAAGCCACUGAGAACUGAUCAAAGGCUCUGGAAGUUGAAUGAGACCUUUCUAUUAAGUUUCAUCAGGAAGAUGAGAUCAGAGACAGUUGAAUUCAAUCCUAUAUUGUUUUUUUUUUUACUUUCUAAUUACACUUUUUGUUCUUUCUUUUGUUGUCAAUCUCAUGAUAUCAAAUAUUCUAUUUAUGUUAUUUGAUUUGA